GCCAAGGUCCUGCAGCACUCAUUUCUUCUCAGCUGUAUUUGACCUACUACUACUACUACUACUAUCUGCAAGCAUGUCUAUGUUAAUAAAGAACAUGACUUUCAAGGCUGGACAAACCCUGACUGUUGUUGGAGUCAUCAAUCCUGAUCCCAAACAUUUCGAGGUGAAUAUCGGCCCCAGCGAGGACAGAAUUGCACUUCAUUUCAGCCCUCGUUUUAAUUCCUGUGGAGACAUAAAUACAAUUGUCUGCAACUCUUUUGAGGGAGGGAGAUGGCGUGAGGAGAAACGUGAGAGACGCUUCCCUUUCUAUCAGGGACAGGAGUUCAAGAUUGCCAUCAAAUUCACCCCUUCAGAGUUUGUGGUGACUUUACCGUGUGACUCAACUUUCCAUUUCCCCAAUCGCAUUGGUGCAGGGACAUACUCGGUCAUGAGCUUUGAUGGGGAUGCUCGCAUUAGAAGCAUUGAGAUCAUGUAAAGCUCCAUCCUGCCUGGAAUGUCUGGAUUGA